UCUGUAACGGCCGUCGGCCGAGCAAACAGCGCAGUUCCGGAUUAUCAGACCUUCACUUAAGUCGCCGUCAUGGCCGCUAUCAAGCGCCUACCGCGACCGCUACAGCUCGCAAUUGCCGACGCCGGUCGACGCCGCCAUCACUUGGCAACGCUCUGUCCGCGCGUGACUCACGAAGAUCUACUUUGCUCCAUCUGCUUCGAUAUCUUGAGCUUCCCAGUCACGCUGCCCUGCGGACACAACUUCGACCGCGGCUGCAUCUUGACGGCCUGGGCGCAUGAAGCCUCGCCCUCUUCUCCCACUGCUGGUGCUGCAGAAGCUCGAGCAGCAACACACUUGUGUCCGUUGUGUCGACAGCAGACUGAGGUGCACGAGCUUCAUGUGAAUUUGCUGCUCAAGAACCUCAUUGCAUCACUGUAUCCCGCAGAAACUCAAGGUGCUGCAACUCCAGCUAAGCAGUGUACACACGUGACAUUGCCACCGUCACCGCGUUCAAGUGGAACAGCGCUGACCACCAACACAGCCGCGUCAGCGUUCAGACGUCGACCAAAUCUGCGCACAUUCUCGUCGUUCGUCUACGUUUGCGCGGCUUCUAUAACGGACCCGCCGGGGUUUGUAUUGGCUGUUCUAUUGCUGCUGAUACUGCUAGCGACAGCUUGCAAUCCGCAGCCGGCGACGGCGCCACCCGCAGCGUCUGCCAUGGUCAUGUUCGACACGAUGGAUCGAGUAUGCAACGGCUUGUCGCUCAUGAUCCACCGGAUCUCGAUGCACAUGGACCAAAUGGACCAGGUCUCACCCUGGAUCCGCUUCGUAUCGUAUCUCCUCUAGUGGCAGCACACACCAGAGGAGCUCAGUAUGCAUAUAUUUAUGUGAAAGUAAGCCAACCAAAAUGCAAGCACCCGAAUAAGGAGAACAACUACACUUUAACCUUAGUAACGCAGGCUGCAGAAGCAAGCAACGCCUGCUUUGAUCCAGU